UGUCAAAGCAGUCGGAUACUUCUUGUAUAACCACUCUCGACCCCUUGUUGUUUAACCACUCUCUACCCUUUGUUGUUUUCUUUCUCUGAUCAAACUUGAUAAGUAUGGGUACAGCAACCUGCAUCGACAUCAUCAUCGCCAUCCUCUUGCCACCUCUUGGUGUCUUCCUCAGGUUUGGCUGUCAUUCGGAAUUUUGGAUCUGUUUGGUGCUGACUCUGUUCGGUUACCUCCCUGGUAUUAUAUAUGCCAUCUAUGCCAUCACCAAGUGAUCCUUUCAAUUUGUGUAGGUAAAGGAUGUGUGUGGAGGGCGUCUACGUCUUUUUGUUUAUGUAUCAAGGGUUUGUUUUCAACCGUUUGAUGGAUUGGUCUUAUCUGGUGUAGCCAAAUGGAUGGUUGAUCUCAUUCAUGUAGCGUGUAUUUGGUGCAAUUGUUCCUUGUUUUUUACUCUCAUUUUGAUUUGAAUAAAAUGACUCAGAUUUGUCCCAGCA